UCUUCCCUAUUUAUUCCCCCUCUUUCCUCUCCUUCAUCCGUCAACGCUCUUCCUUGCAUGCUUGAAUAAGUUAAAUAAUGACAGUUAAAGCGGCGAGUUUAGUGAGUAGAUCGGAUUAUAAGGUUAUUCAUAAGAAGAGGAGAUGUCGGAAGAGGGUUAGGCGCCCCGCUGGAACUCUGCAGCACCUCUUUCACUCUUGCCAGGCAGCCUUCAAGGGCCCUGGGACUGUUCCUUGUGCUACUCAUGUCCAAAAUCUGUGUCGCAUUCUUGAUUGUAUGAAACCUGAAGAUGUGGGACUUAGCAAGGAUCUACACUUCUUUAAACGCAACACCCAAAUUGAUCGCCAUCCAGCUCGAGUCACCUCAGCAACCAUCUAUAAAUCUGACCAAUUUGAGUUGUGCAUAUUCUUCGUCCCUGAAAAUGCAGUCAUACCUCUUCACAAUCACCCGGAAAUGACUGUUUUCAACAAGCUUCUCUUGGGGACGAUGCACGUUAAAGCAUAUGAUUGGGUUGAUCUCGAUCCCCUCACCUCUAAAUCACCUACUAAAUUGUUAGAUGUGGAUGGAAGUUGUGUAAGAUUAGCCAAGGUAAAAGCCAAUGGAAGGUUGGCAGCCCCAUGCGACACUAGUGUGUUGUAUCCAACUUCAGGAGGAAAUAUCCAUGAAUUUACUGCAAUAACACCAUGUGCCGUACUUGAUGUAAUCGGACCUCCAUAUUCUAAACAUGAUGCCCGUGAUUGUACAUAUUACCAACUAGUGAGUGACUUCGAAAUAGAAGAAGAAGAUGGGUACGGAUGGCUAAAGGAAACUGAAAUCCCCAAGGAGUCCAAGAUGGACAGAAUUGAGUACAUGGGUCCACAUAUUAACAUUAACAAUCCUAAUCCUUCUUCUACUUAAACACAUUUCUUUUUUUGUAAUUAAUUAUCUUUUCUUUCCGUAGAGCUAGCAUGUUUAGUUUCAUUUUGUAUACAUAGAUCUGCCCCUUUGUAGAUAAAUGGAAAAGAUAAGCUGCAAGUAAUUAAGAAGGAAGGCCAAUUGUUAUAUUGGUGGCCACCACCACCCUUAUUUCCAA